AAAAACAUGGUGUAGCUGCAUUGCAACUUGCGGCUCUUUUCGUUUAAGACAAAGUGUUUCUGAUAAGAUUAACGUAGGUUUCAAGACGUUUUUCUGGUGUUCUUGGUUUUCACGUCUCUUGUUCAAAUCUCGUCUUACAGGAAACGCUGCCAAGAUGCCUGUCCUGUGCAGCAGCUGCUCCGAGAAGCGCGCUGUGCUGAAACGUCCAAAAACCGGCCACUCUCUGUGUAAGGCAUGCUUCUUCUGGGCUUUUGAGGAGGAGGUGCAUCGGACCAUUGUGGCAGCAAAGCUCUUCAGACCCGGGGAGACCGUUGGCAUUGCCGCCUCGGGUGGAAAGGACUCCACGGUGCUCGCACACGUCAUGAAGCUUCUGAACGAGAGGCACGGCUACGGACUCGAACUCAUGCUGAUAUCCGUGGAUGAAGGAAUCACCGGUUACCGAGACGACUCCUUGGAGACGGUGAAGAGAAACCAGCAGCAGUACGAACUGCCGCUGAAGAUCGUCUCGUAUGAGGAGCUGUACGGCUGGACGAUGGACGCCAUAGUGAAGCAGGUGGGACUGAAAAACAACUGCACCUUCUGCGGGGUGUUCAGGAGACAGGCGCUGGACCGAGGAGCCAUCAUGCUGAAAGUGGACAAGAUUUGUACAGGUCACAAUGCCGAUGACGUGGCAGAAACGGUUUUAAUGAACAUCUUGCGCGGGGACAUAGCUCGUCUACGUCGCUGCACCGCCAUUUCCACGGCCAGCGAGGGCGACGGGGUCGUGCCUCGCUGCAAACCCCUCAAAUACGCCUACGAGAAAGAGAUCGUCCUGUACGCCUACUUUAAGAAACUGGACUACUUUUCGACAGAGUGCAUAUACUCCCCUAACGCCUACCGAGGUUACGCAAGGACCUUCCUCAAGGACCUGGAGAGCAUACGGCCCAGCUCAAUAAUGGACAUCAUCCACUCCGGUGAGAACCUGUCUGUUCGCGAGGGCGUGAAGAUGCCAGUCCAGGGGACCUGCAGCCGCUGCGGCUACAUCUCCAGCCAGGCACUCUGCAAGUCGUGCGUACUGCUGGAGGGCCUGAAUCGCGGUCUGCCUAAGCUGGGCAUAGGGAAGCACCACCGCCUGCACGAGAAGAUUCUCUCCCAGCAGCCUCUCACAGAGCAAGAGGAGAGGAAGCUCAAAUCAGUAGAUUUUUGAUGGUAUCCAUGUAUUUAUCUAAAGAUUUAAGAUGAUUUUUUAAAAGCAUAAUUUCAGCAUAAACAGCUUUCAACUGGAGUGUUGAAUGUACUUUUACCAGAGUUAUGAAAUUGAAAUAAUUUUUCCUUGCAGAAAUGAGGUUUUAUUUGGAUUUUUUUAAAGUCAUCGGUAUAUUUUCCCAGAAUUCUCAGAAAUUAGAUUAAUUUUCAAGUCUGUGUGAGCUUUACAACUUUUAAAACAGUUUUUUUCAUUAUAAUUUCACUUUAUCAAAAUGCUUUAGUUUUUUUUUUUUUACGUUCUAUAUAUUUUUGAUGACUCAUCGUCUUAGAGGGUACUUCAAGUGGAUCGGAACUAUUCUGCACUAUUUGCUGGUUUGUGUUCGAAUAUUUGGACCCCUGAAUAUUUUCUACUGACCGUGCAUCAUUUCAUACUCGCUUUGACAACUGGUAGUUUAAAUAAUCUGUGAAAUUUGAGCGUUCUGACUCGUGAGAAAUUAUGAAAAGCUUAACCAUAGCGAAAAUGGAAGAAUGGGACAAACUGAUCCAGAGAUGUUUUAUGAACUAUAAUAAAUGAUUUUCUUGAUCCACA